AUGGACCCGCUCGAACUUCAUCAGCCGAACUCGACAGCUCCCUCGCUGGCGCCCGCCCAGGUCCCGUACGACCGUCUGCUCGGCACAUGGCGCGUUGUUGCGUCGACCCUGCCUCUCUGGAAGAACAAGCGCGACGUGACGAUUACCUACACGCGGAUAGACGGCGAGGAGGAGACGACGUUCGACGAUCUUGUCAAGUUCAGCAAGCAGAGUGCCAAGAUCGGGUCGAGCCAGUGGGAAGUAAAGGGCGUGGACCGGCGCGGAAAGGGCUGGCUCAAGAUCUCGACUUCGCACUGGCAACUCCUGGGAUACUCGCUCUCUCCUUCCUCUCCUGCCGCAACUUCAGACGCUCCCGAGUGGGUCGUCACCUACUUCUCCUCGACACUCUUCACCCCAGCCGGCCUCGACGUCUACGCAAGAACGCCGACCGCUUUGAGCGACGACUUUGUGGACGACAUCGUGCGAAAGCUCGAGGAGAUGGGCGGCGAGGUGGGCCAGCCGGUGCAGAACGGUGGCAUGUUUCGCAUACCGCAUCUAGAGGGCAACAAGGCGUAA